GUAAAACAUACAUUUUCUUCUUUUUCUUUUCACUAGGUAGCACAGCUGCCCCUGAAAUUAUGACGGCUGAACAUUGGGUGGUCCUUGCCAUUGUCGCACUUCUGGUCAUCGUGACAGCAGUCGUUUGGGUUGCCGUGUGGGUCAGCCGGAAAGCGAAACCUCUCCUUAUGAGCUUCAGUCUCGAUAAGGCAUCAGAGCAGCUGAUGAGGAAAGAGCAGCCUUGAAGUUCUCUUUCCUGCGAGGAAGCUGCUACUUGCAACCCGAUCACACCCCGGACUGCCUCACACUCCCAGGGAUGUUUGCACAGGGCUGAUGGGCCUCAGUUGGGUGCCAGGAAUCAUGGACUGAUCUGAAAAUGGGGAAAAGGCUUUCCCUUCCCUCUGAAUUGUGGAUAUAACUAUGCAAAUGGACUUGGAAUCAGCCAAUUCUUUAGAAGAAAAGUCUUUCAGGUUGGCCUGGCUCCUGAAGAUUAUCCUUCCUGUAAGUCAGGAACUGGGAAGGUGUAGCGUUGUUGAACUGCAGCUCCCCAAAUCCCUCAUUAUAGACAAGGGUGGGUAGGGAUGAUGGGAGUUGUAGCCUGAAAACAACAAUAGCAGGGCCACAUAUUCCUCCACACAUCCGCACAAAGGUGAAGAAACCAUUUUUUUCCUGCCAGCAUCAACCAGUUCUCUCAUCAAUAUAUCUCCCCACCAUCUCCCACCUCUUUCAUUUUGGAAUCCUUCCUCCAUUGACACCUUCAGCCAAGAAGCGAAGAUUUGCUUCAGGGUUAAAGACGCCAUCUUUCUCAGUUAAGAGAGGUCUGUUCAGAAGCUGUACUAAAAUCUUAUGGGGCAGCUGGAAGGAGGGCAGGUUGGUGCUUCUGGCCUCUCUUUUGCAGUUGGGCCCUCAGUUUGCAGCUCAUCUCUCAUCUUAAUGUCCCAUUUUCAUUUCAACUCUGGGGUCUCAACAUUUCAAAUAAGGCUUUCCCUUGUGGUGAUCAGCACCUGCAGUCUUCUCUUUUGUAUUCCCCCCCUCCAUGUUAUCAUUUUCUUAAUUGAAACAUCAGCUCUGCUGUUUUUCAGUACCAGAUAAAACUCAUUCUCCAUCUUCUUAAUCUCCUGUGUAUUUAUUUUCUCUCCAUUUCUUAGUUUUUUAGUUCACAGAAACUUUUAGCAGCUGGCUGAUAACACCCCCCCCAAUAACAUAUAACAAAUCAGGAUUCAAAGGCAGCAUGCAGUUUAAAAACUCAAUAUAAUAGAGAGAAAUAUGGCAAGGUUAUCAUUAAGAUGUGCUUAAACUCUCAAUAACAGUAAAAAUGGUUUAAAGAGAGGUUAAAAAAUACAAAAAAGUUUAAAACUAUAAAAAUUGUAUAAGGAUCUGUCUAAUUUAGAAAAUAAGAAACCAAACUCAAAAUGGUAUGAAUGUAUUUAAAAAUAGUAUUUUACUUCUUUCUGACUAUCUUGGUCUGUUCUAGCAAGACAUGGGGAAGGAACAUGAUUCAAACCAGCCCAAAGUUUUAGCUUCUUUUCCAAAGAAACAUCAUGCUGUGUUACCUGAAAGGCUAAUUAUGCGUUUAACAAAAAUGAGGAGCUGUCAUGAACUAGAAAUGUUCUAAAGAAAUACUUGCUACUUCUAAGCUUUCGUCCUGAGGUUGGGAAAGGGGUGGAUCAACUGAGCGGGUUUCAGAAAGAUAAACCAAAUGGAGUCCCAACCACCCAGAAUAGCUUUGUUAACUUGAAAGGUUAACCUCAUAAUCUUAUUAGCGUGUUAAGAAGCUUGAGCAUAACGGCUUGCAGAGAUGUCCGGUGCCACAGUCUGAGACACGGUCAGCUUGGACAAGGCUCAAGAGACUGACCGCGCACGAGAUUGUGUGAGCUUGGUUGCUCUUUGCAAGCGACCAGUUUGUUCCUUCUGCAGAGGCUGCUCACUUCGCAGGAACAAAAUCCCAAAUUCAUUCCCCAACCACACAAACCACCAGCUGUAGCAACCAGGUGUGGGGGCCUUUGUGGUGUAUGAGCACUCCACGAAACAAGACAAUGAGACAGUCCAUGAGGAGACGGUCCAGCCUCUCGGCUAACUUGAAAAUCGGGGACUAUCAGAAGUGCUGUUUGACUCCACAAGAGGAGGAAGUCUACAUUCCCUUUGCUCAAGAAAACCUGGUCAAGCAAUGGAAUUCCAUGCACAACGUCUCUGACUGGAGCCAGGAGCACUGCAGUGGUCCAUCCCGGAGGAACCGGUACUUCUUGAACCUCAAUGUCGGAGGCAAGUGUUUCCAGAUCGCGUGCAAAGUGGCCGCUAAGUAUCCUGUCACCCGGAUCGGGCAGCUGGCCCUCUCCACUGACCCCAUGAAGAAGCUGACACUCUGCGACGAUUACUCAGUGCCAAAGAAUGAGUAUUUCUUCGACCGGGAUCCACUCAUCUUCCACUAUGUCUACCACUUCUACCGCAGUGGCGUGAUGUGGGUCAUGGAAGAGAUGUGUCCCUCCAACUUCGUGGAGGAGAUUGAGUAUUGGGGCAUCCACAUGAAGUAUGCCCAGCGGUGCUGCCGGAUCCUCUUUGAGGAGAAGCAGGACGAACUGGCUGAGUACCUGAAGGUCCAGAGAGAGCUGGAGGCAGAACUGGAGCCAGUUGAAAGAGAGGAGCACUUUGAGGGUAAAUUUCUCGGUGGGUUCCGGAAGGCCGUCUGGAACUUGAUCGAGAACCCAUAUUCCUCCAUCCCUGCAAAGGUGAUUGCCAUCAUGUCCAGCAUCUUUGUCCUGAUCUCCAUCGUGGGGAUGACCCUCAGCACAGUGGAGGAGAUGCAGCACAAAGCCAGCAAGAAGUGCAUGCAGCGCCUGGAGACCAUUUGUGCCAUCUUCUUCACCCUGGAGUACCUCAUGCGCCUCAUCUCCACCUCCACCUUCCGGCAGUUCCUGCGGGCAGCCUUCAGCGCCAUUGACCUGGUGGCCAUCAUGCCCUUCUAUAUCCAGCUCCUCUUCGAGAACCUGGGUGAAGUGGAGAGUGACUACCAUGAAGAACUACACAGGAUGCGCAGCGUCGGGAAGCUGGGUAAAGUGCUCAAGCUGAUCAAACUGAUGCGCAUCUUCCGCAUUCUCAAGCUGGCCCGCCACUCCACAGGCCUGCGGGCCUUUGGGUUCACCAUCCGGCAGUGUUACCAGCAGGUCUGCUGCCUCCUCCUCUUCAUCGCCAUGGGCGUUUUCACCUUCUCCGCCCUGAUGCACUCUGUGGAGCACGACAUCCCUGGCACUAACUUCACCAGCAUCCCCGACGCUUGGUGGUGGGCAGCCGUCAGCCUCUCUACUGUGGGCUAUGGGGACACUGUCCCAGACACCUUUCUAGGCCGGGUGGUGGCCUUCGGCUGUAUCUCCUUUGGCAUCAUCCUCAAUGGGAUGCCCAUCUCCAUCCUCUACAACAAGUUCUCCGACUACUACGCCAAGCUCAAAUCCCAUGAGGUCCAGGCCACCAGCUCCCUCAAGCUCUCCCGCAAACUCAACCUCAAGGAGAGGGCCUGGAGGAAAUUCACCGACACCUGCUGCGCCGAGUAUGCCGUGCCUGGAAGGGCCGACCCACACCUAGGGGGCUCCACUCGCCAUCCGGCCCCUAGCCAGCUCUUCCCCCACCAGGGCUACCAGCCCAUCCACCAAGGAGGCCACCCUGUCACCCACCAACCGAGCCACUCCAUCCCCCAUUCGCCCCGGGCUCCUCUGGGCCACAGAUUGGACCACCAUGACCAUCAUGACCAUCACGACCACCCCCACAUUCAUCUCACAACCCUCUCGAGCUACUCUCCGUCAUCUCCAUAUGUUUUUCCUACUCACUCCCUCCAGUCUUUUAAAAAGACAGAGAGUGUUUCCCACUCAUCCUAAAGCAAGACCCAGUAAUGCAGAGGGUUGGCACUGGUUUAGGAUCGGCCCAGGCCUUGAGGUUUAUGGACCCAAGCCUGAGACCUUGGGGUGGCCCCUGGGAAUGUCAUUAAGUGAUAAGUGUGAAGUACCAAAGAGGCAGUAAAGUGUAGUGGUU